AUGAUCAUCCUCCUGCCUAUCCUAAUAUUCAUACUCCUGACCAUCCUCCUGACCAUCCUCUUGAACAUCCUUCUGACCAUUCUCCUGGCCAUCCUCCUGACCAUCAUCCUGACUAUCCUCCUGCUCAUACUCCUAACUAUCCUCUUGACCAUCCUCCCGAACAUCCUCCGGACCAUCCUCCUGACCAUUCUCUUGAACCUCCUCCUGACCAUCUUCCUGGUUAUCCUCUUAAUCAUCCACCAGACCAUCCUCCUGAUCAUUUUCCUGACCAUCCUCCUGACAAUCACCCUUGCCAUUAUCCUGAUAAUCUUCCUGGCUAUAUAUACUCCUAGCCAUCCUCCCAAACAUCCUCUUGACGAUCCUUCUGAUCAUAAGCCUGUCUAUCAUCUCAAACUUCCUCCUGACCAUCAUCUCAAGCAUCCUCCCAAACAUCCCCCUGACCAUCCUCCUGACCAUCCUCCUGACCAUCCUCCAGACUAUCCUCCUGAUCAUACUCCUGACCAUCCUCCUGACCUUCCUCCAGAAUAUUCUCCUGACCAUCCUGACCAUCCUCCAGAUCAUACUCCUGACCAUCCUGACUAUCCUCCUGACUAUCUUCCGGGUUAUCCUCUUAACAAUCCUCCUGACCAUUCUCCUGACCAUUCUCCUGACCAUCCUCCUGACAAUCACCCUUGCCAUUCUCAUGAGAAUCUUCCUGACCAUACUCCUAACCAUCCUCCUGGCCAUCCUCCCAAACAUCCUCUUGGCCAUCUUCCCGACCAUCCUCACGAUCAUAACCCUGACCAUCCUCCCAAAAAUCCUCCUGACCAUCCUCCUGACCAGCCUCCUGAUCAUCUUCAUGACUAUCCCUCUGACUAUCCUCCUGACCAUUUUCCAGACCAUCUUCAUGACUAUCCUUCUGACCAUCCUCCUGACCAUACUCCUGACCAUCCUCCAGACCAUCCUCUUGACCAUUCUCCUGACCAUCCUCAGGACCAUCCUCCUGACCAUGUGCCUCACCAUCUUCCCAAACAUCCUCCUGACCAUCUUCCUGGUUAUCCUCUUAACCAUCCACCAGACCAUCCUCCUGACCAUCCUCUUGACCAUUCUCCUGACCAUCCUUCUGACCAUCCUCCUGGCAAUUCUCCUGAGAAUCUUCCUGAUCAUACUCCUGACGAAUUUCCUGACUAUCCUCCCAAACAUCCUUCUGACCACAAUCCUGACCAUCCUCCUGAUAAUUCUCAUAACCAACCUCCUGAUCAUACUCCUGACUAUCCUUUUGAACAUCAUCCCGAACAUCCUCCUGAGUAUCCUCCUAAUCGUACUUCUGACAAUCCUCCUGAUCAUCCUCCUUAUCAUACUCCUGACCAUCUUCCUGACCAUCUUCCUGACAAUCCUCCUGUCAAUCCUCCUGAUCAUACUCCUGACCAUCCUAAACCAUCUUCCUGA